UACAAACAUUGGACGACGGAAGAUACUGUCCACCGGAAUGUAAACAGAACCAGCUGUUUUGAGGGUUUCUUGUUGUAUAGUUUGUGUAGAGAGCAGAGUAGACAAACGCACCAUUUAUCUAGCUUCAAUAUAACACCGUCAGUCAACUCAAUGCAGAAUAUCAAUCACAUCAAGAAAGGUUUGUCUGUCUUAGACCUCAUCGCCCCUCGUCUCACCCUCACUCUCGGUUCCUGCUGUGCACAAAAUCUACAUAUAACACCUACAGCAUCAGCAGAAGCAGCUCAAGAACGUAAUGACAGGCCCUUCACUUCCAGAACCGGACACACCACCAGCAUGACCAGAACCAAUUUAGCAAAUAAUAAAGAACCCACAGAUGCAUUGGCUGCAGCCGUAAAUCUGGCAUCAACAUCAACUGAAGAGAAUUUUGCCAGUCGGAGAUCUGUUGGAAAUUGCAGGCAUGUGAAAUCAUGGAAGAAGAUGAAGAAUUGUUCAUCUUCAGUAAUAUUUAAUAGUGCAGAUGAUCACUGUCAACAGUUUGGUUCAACUCAUCAGUGGAGAUCUUUAUCAACUAACUCAACUUCAUCAACUGAUGUUGAUCUUCAACAACCUGGUGAUCCACAUGGGAUUAGUGACCCCUACAAUGCCACUAAACUGAGUGGAUCCUCGGCUUUUGAACAAAAGGAUCCCAAGACGAUGCCCCAGCCGCCUGAUCCAGAGACUUGCUGCGAGAGUGGAUGUGUCAACUGCGUGUGGAUACGUUAUGUCCAGGAGUUGAUGGAGCACUCACCAAAUGACAAGGAACAAGUCAAGAAAGUGUUGGAUCAGAUUGAGGAUUAUAAUGUUAAGAUGUUUGUAAAAAUGGAACUGGAUUUAUAAUCAGAAGAAAUAGGUCUACCAUUUGACUGAUUUAGAACUAUGGGUUGUGACAAUUUAGGACCCAAGUAGUAAAACUUGUUCAGGGUGAUUAGUUUUAGUAGUGUUGUUAAGGCCAUGCUACAUGUGGCACUUUACAGGCAACCGGUUCCAUGCAAAGCAAUAUCUAAGAAGAAAAAAUACUAAUUUUAAUGUUGACAUAUUUUUUGGGUGGAUCGUAAGACAUUGUGAACUCGAAAAAUGUGUGCUAUGUAGGUAGUCCUGCUGAGCUGUAGACAAGGCCACUAGGAAGAGAGUAGCAUAUUCCCACUCAUUCACAUCAUAAUAGGACUGGAAUUCUUUGUUUGGUGUACACAUUGAUUUCUUAAGACUGAAAACAAAAUAUUUUCACGAGUUUGUUUUGUUUGCAGAUCUUUUAAAGUCAGGACGCAACAAUUAUUACUUGCUGUUAUUAUUAUUACUUGUUUCCACAUUAUUGCAUCUAGCAUCUUGCAUUGGUGUCUUCUCCUUAAAGCAUUGCUGCUGUUUUCCUGCAGUGGGUUGGUUGCAAUUCCCUGUGUGCUCUGUGUUUGUGCUGUUAGGGUGCGUAUCAGAUGGUAGUAUUAGAUAAUAUAAUACUGAAGUCUUAUAAAGCGCACGUAUCUACCAAACAAGGUACUCAAGGCACUGAGUAUACACAAACUUUCAGAAAGAUA